AUCACUGUCAAUGCCGCUAUCUUCCAUGCUUCAAGACAUUUAUAGAUGCAGAAACUCGACUUCUUAAUCCAUCUGCAACAGAAGGAUAAAAAUUCUGAAUUUUUCGAGAUUGGAAUUCACACAGAAUAACAUCAGCUGACAUUAUUCCCAAGGUCUAGCGGUAUCCUAGGAAACCAUGUCUAACUUCUCAGUGUUGAAUGAUGACAACAUUUGGAACUUUUACCUAUUGUAUCUUUAUCAUGUUUAUAAAUGACUUUUAUUGAGCUACACAUAGAGAAUAAACUUACUCUGAAUAUUUUCCCAUUAUCGUGCAUUAUAGAAUAAAAUAAGGUGAUUCAUUCCCAACUAGUUGGCAAACUAUUGCAAUUAUUUUUAAAGAACCUUAUAAUAUAAACAAUGGCACCAACAAUCCCCAAAAAGCAAGGCUCCAAAGUACCAGAAAACAAAGAGCAUUUAGCACUAACAAAGGGUCACAUAUCACGGCAAGAUUUGGCUGCUGGAGACAUGGAUUGGAUGCGAGGAAAAGUUUGGUUAAAACCAGAUGACCAGUUACAAUUAACAGAAGCGGAAUUACAAGAGGAAUUUGCCAGGAUAUUAACUGUACAUAACACCAGAGUACCAGAUUCUUUAGUGGAAUGGUCAUGGAAAUUACAUGAAUUUAUAAGAUUACCUAGUCCACCGCAUUUAGUGACCCUUCUGAAUAUAGCUGGCACUAUACUGCACAAAGACUCCGAAGAGGCCAAAGCACAAUUGGCAGGAGAUAUUAUCAUUGAUGGUCAAGAUGAGCCAGCAGAUGAGAAAAAGCCUGAUGAAGCUGAAGAAGAUGUAGAACUUGAAGAAGAAGAAGAAGGUAAGUAUAGAAGAUAUACUAUCAUACUGUCAUGCAAUCAUACAUACAAUUACUCAACGAAUUAUAUUUUAUCUUUUGAUUGUUUUCUAAAUAAAAAUAUAAAUCAUAUAUAUAUAUAUAUAUAUUUUUUUUUUCUUAUAAGAACAGCAGAUGAAAUGGAUAAAAUGAUAGAAGGCGAGACUGAAUACGAACAAGAAUUGGAAGCUGAGCCAGAAUUCGAGGAAGAUGAAUUGGAAAAAGCAAAGCCUAAGAAAUUGCCCAAUCAAUUCAAUUUUUGUGAAAGAGCAGCGUUGACAUAUGAUAAUCCUAUGAGAGAUAUGAGUACGCAAACUAUACCUCCACCAACCGCAACUUUCAACACACAUGUCUUCCAAUGGACUAUUUUUGACGAAUAUCAGGAAGACUAUGCUCAACAGCAACGUGAGAAAGAAAAAGAAAAGAGAGUACCGUUGACGCAACCGAAAAAGGAGGACGUGAAAAAGAAGGUUCAAAUCGAAACCUCGGCGAUGACACACAGAAUGCUGCAAGCCGCGAAAACACUGGAGCGAAUGGUGAAUCAAAACAUCUUCGACGAUAUAUCACAAGAUUAUAGAUAUUGGGACGAUCCGAGCGAUGAAUUCAAGGACGGCGAAGGCUCCUUGUUACCUCUGUGGAAAUUCUCUUACGAGAAAACCAAGAAACAUGACAUCACGGACAUGUGCUUCAACAGCAGAUAUUAUGAUCUCUUCGCAGUCGCCUUCGGAACACUAUUGUUUAAUGGUACCGUAACAAACGGCACGGUGUGCUUGUUCAGCUUGAAAAAUCCGUCGUACCCAGAAUGGAUCUGUCCGACGGAGUCUCCGGUGAUGUGCUUGGAUUUUAAUGCCCAACACCCUCACCUUCUAGUUAUCGGUACCAUGGACGGAGCAGUAGCAGUUUACAAUGUGAUGUUGCCACCGUCCACACCGCAAUACAAAAGCAACGACGUCGUGCAGAAGCACGGAGGGUUAGUAUGGGAGAUUCGCUGGGCACCCGACACCGAGGAGGGGAAUCUAGCGUUCUUCAGCGUGAGCAUCGACGGCAAGAUAAAUCACUGGGUGUUAAACCAGAACGAUCUCGGCCUUACUACCGUUAUGACAUUAUUCCUGGACCGACCACCUAUACCGGGACCAGAUGGCACGUUGAUUACGCUCAAAGGUAAUGCCGGGGAGAUAAUAAUAAAGAGUAACCAGAGAAAUCGCGUCUCGUUAGGAGUGACGAUUAUGUGCGCCCGUUUGCAUGCAGGAUGCGGGACGUGUAUCGCAUUCCAUCCCGCGGAUCAGAAUGUUUUCCUGGUAGGGACGGAGGAGGGCACCAUAUACAAAUGCAGUACGGCGUACAGUAGUAUUUACAUGAGGACGUAUCACGAGGCGCAUACUAUGCCGGUGUACCGGAUAGUCUUCAACAAAUUCAAUUCCAGCAUCUUCGCCAGCUGCUCGGGCGACUGGCGGAUCAAAAUCUGGGAGGACGAAAGACCGGAACCUUUGUUCAUGUUUGACUUGGGUGUACCGAUCGGAGACGUUCAAUGGGCGCCGUACAGCUCCACGGUACUUGCUUGCGUAUCAAACGACGGAAAGGUUACGGUAUUCGAUUUGAAUGUUAAUAAGUACAGACCUAUCUGUAGUCAACCGGUCGUCAAUAAGCGAAAGAGCAAAUUAACUCGGCUGGCUUUUAACAAUGUGUUGCCGUUCAUAAUAGUCGGUGACGACAAAGGUACUGUGAACACGCUGAAACUGUCUCCAAAUUUACGGAUAAGAGUGAAACCAACGAAAAAGCAACAACAUUUAUCACAGAUGGAAUUAGAAUCUAUGAAAUUAGAGAAGCUGCUCAGUUUUGUGCGCGAGCCACCGGUGUUGACUCCUCCUAAAGACGUGAGAACGACGAGUUAAGUAACUCCGGAUUCUCUAUUACACCUCUGAAGUACUUGAGCUCAAGGAAGUCCCUGAUAUUAUUCGGACACGGCACUUGUCUACCGGCG